UUCGAACCGUCUCAGUUGUCGGUGAGGCCGGCGGGGCGGAUCCCACACUAGAGUGAAAGAGAAAAUAAAGCAACACAACAAUAAUAACAACAACUUGGCCGUUUCGUGCAUUUCGCUAGCAAGCUCCCCUGUGGAUAUAAAAUAUCAAGAUGCCCUCAGCAAUGAAUGCAAACAGAGCACUGCAGACUGCCAGCCCAGAUGUGGGAUCCGCUCCAGGAUCAAUGGGCAAUGUUCCACUUGGAGGGGGACAGUCUGAAGUUUUGAAGCAAGUGCUGGGUGUCAUUGAGAAGAAGGUCCGCAACAUGGAAAAGAAAAAGAGCAAACUGGAUGAUUAUCAAGUCAGGAAGGAGAGUGGGGAACGACUCAAUCAGGACCAGCUGGAGGCCCUCUCCAAAUAUCAAGAAAUCACGCAUAAUUUGGAAUUUGCACGAGAGUUGCAGAAGACAUUCGUGACACUGGGACAAGAUCUCCAGAAGGUGGUAAAGAAGUCUGUGCGGCGGGAGCAGCUGCAGCGCGAUGAAGCAGAACAGAGGAGGCUGAGGACAAUUUUGGAGUUGCAGUUCCUCCUGGACCGACUGGGAGAUGAAACUGUGCGACAGGACCUGAAGCAGGGACUCUGUGGCUCACCACUGUUGACAGAUGCAGACCUUGCAGCUUUUGAUGAGUUCUACAAAUUAGUUGGGCCAGAUCGAGAUCAAAGUGUUAGUCAAUCAUGCAACAUCUCUACACAUCUCAGGUUGGUUGACCAGUAUGAAGAAGCAUCGGUUCAUCUCUGGGACCUGUUGGAAGGAAAGGACAUGGCUGUGGUUGGGACAACAUACAAAGCACUGAGGGAGACCUUGGACCAGGUUCUGCAGAGCGGGUACUUUGACAGGGUCCAGUCUCAUCAAAAUGGAGUUUGUGAGGAGGAAGAGGAGGAGGAGGAGCCAGCAGCAGCAGCAGCAGCAGUGGCAGCAGCAGCAGCAGCAGCAUCAGGAGCAGCUGAAUCGUCGGAAGCUGAGGAGCAGACGGUUGAUCAAGAAACUGAAAUAAUUGAGGAGUUCACAGAGCCCAUUGAGGUGGAAACGACAGAAUUUGUAAAUAGACAGUUCAUUCCAGACAGCACAUACAGUGGCAGUGAGAAGGAGCAGGGGGAUGAGUGGACCACAGACACAGAGGCAGUUGGUACCAUGCUGCAGCAGCAGCAGCAGCAGCAGCCUGUGCAGCCUAUGGCUUCACCUGUUACCUUGGAGACCCACCCCUUGACUUUAACAUCCCCUGUUCCACCUACUGACCCACUGGUCAGGAAGCAGGUGGUGCAGGACUUAAUGGCACAGAUGCAGGGAACAUACAACUUCAUGCAGGACUCGAUGCUGGAGUUUGACGGACAGCCUGUUGACUCUGCCAUUGUAUCGGCGCAACCUAUGAACCCCGCUCAGAGCAUCGACUUAACACAGAUGGUGUGUCCUCCAGUUCAGGCAGAGUCUCGGCUAUCACAACCCAACACUGUUCCUGUCCAACCUGAGCCUACGCAAGUCCCCAUCGUCUCCCCAACACCGCCCCCCAUGUAUCAGACCUCUCACACGCCAGAUCCUCGACCUUCUUCAGAACCCCUCGACCCCAUCCAGACCUCAAUGUCAUUGUCAUCAGAGCAGCCUCCGCCCUCCACAGCUCUUUCCCCUGCCUCUCAGACGCAGGUUUUCCAGCCUGUUUCCAAAGCUCCUCACAGCAGUGGCAUCAAUGUCAAUGCAGCACCAUUCCAAUCAAUGCAGACAGUGUUCAACCUCAAUGCCCCAGUCCCGCCAGCUAAUGAGACGGAGGCCUUGAACCAGGCCAACCAGUACCAAAACAACUACAACCAGGCUUUCAGUAACCAGUCGCAGCAUCCUGUGGAGCAGACAGACAUGCAGUCAGAACAGCUACAGUCUGUAGUUGGUGCUUUCCAUUCCCAAGACCAGUCAGGAGGCCAUCAGCAGCCGUCUCCGCAGGGCCCAGGCUUUGGCAGACAGGCUCAGUCCUUCUACAAUAGCAGAGGUAUGUCUCGUGGUGGACCCCGUAAUGCCAGGGGUAUGAUCAACGGCUACAGAGGCUCCUCAAAUGGAUUCAGAGGUGGCUAUGAUGGUUAUCGUCCUCCUUUUGCCAACACUCCAAACUCUGGUUAUGGACAGACUCAGUUCAACACACCCCGUGAUUACUCGAAUGGAAAUUAUCAGAGGGACGGUUACCAACAGAACUACAAGCGUGGAGCUGGUCAGGGACCCAGAGGAAUGUCAAGAGGCAGCACUCAGGCAAUGCGAUCCUGAGGGGGGAGAGGCCUUUCUUAAUGACUGUGACUGAUUUAAUUGCACCACACUGAAAAUUCUAAAUUCAUCCAUGCAUUUGCCCCAGCUCACUCAUGUCCUUUUUUCUGUUUGUUCAUCAGUGGUAUUUUUCCUGUUUCUUUAGUCAAAGUAAAUGUCUGCUUUGAUUUUUGGAAAUACAUCAUUUAAAGUCUAAAACACAAGGUAAGUUGUAAAUCUAAUAAUUGAUUUACACACACCAUGUGUCACAAUAUUCCUGUAAACUUGAAAGAUUUCAUAAGUUAUUUUUUGUAUUAAAAAUGCACCUGCCACUGCUGGUCCAAUCCUUGGGAGUUCAAUCCCUUUCUCGGUUCUUUUGUCAUUUUGAUUCUAAAAAAAUAAGCCUUUUAUGUUCAGUGAGCUCCCGUUUUCUUGUUUGUAAAUUGAUGUUGCUUCAAGAGUUUCAAUAAAGUUGUGUUGCAUA